ACAAGGAUUCAUUCAUUUGGUGGAGAAUGGUAUCAUUCUCAAAUGAUGGUUUAUCCGAUCAGUGUGUGAAGAAGCGGUCAUCAGUAAAUGGUUAUCAUUUGCUGGAUUCUGGAAUUAUGCCAAAACAUAAAGUUCGUAAAGUCUGGGCAGAGCGGGAUUUCCCCCCAGGUUGUGGUAGAGAUGCUCCAAAAGUUGACUUGAACCACAAGGAAAAUCAUGUGGUCUCCAUCAGUGAAAAUAUGGCUGACACUCUGGUGGCUCAUGGUGACAAUGGUCCUAACACUGGGGUUGAGUUCUGUUCUGUUGAAGUUGUGGACUGUCUCGUUGACAUGGAAGAGAAUGAAGAAUUGGAUAAGUUGGUAGGGAAUGCGUCAGCCAGAACCACUAGUGUGUUAGAAAAUGGGUUGGAAGAACCAACAAGUCAUGACAGAUCGCUUGAAUUUGAGUUGUCUAAAGAUCAUAAAAAUAGUGCAAUGUCAUUGCUCAAGAAAGCAAAAGUCAUUGGGUAUGAUGAAUUAGGGAUGGAAGUUGAUGAAGAGAGAUGUUCAGUUUUGGUUGAAAAUGUAGUCGGUGUGUACAAAGAUCAUGUGCUGCAUCCUGGCAGUGUGACUGAUAGGGCGAUUCCUGUUUGUGAUUCGAAAACAUUGUCACUGCCUCAGUGGCCAAUCAUGAAUGGAAGUGUUGAGGAUAAUAUUUCUCCCUUGCCAAAGAAAAAGCACCGCCGAGGAAGAGUUUUUGCUGUCCGCGACUUCCCUCCAUUUUGUGGAAGAAAUGCUCCUAAGCCAACUGAACUGGAUCGUUUGGGUGGUAGUGAAGCAAGCAAGAGAGUGGUUGUGUUAGAUAAGGGAGUUACAGAAAAUGAAGUGAUUGAGACGUCGAAAAAAGUUAUGGAUACUGGGACAUGGCCCCUGGGGUUGACUGCAAGUUUAGAAGCUGAUUCGUGGAGUGAGACUGAGGUUACUGGUUCCAAAUGCAGCUUAAUGGGACGAGGAACAGUUCACAUUGAAGACCCUGAAGGUGUCCAAGAUAACUAUUUUGGAAGGAGGCAACUUGAAAGAACUGUAAUGUUGCCAGAGAUAGUGGCGAAAAAGGAGAAUGACAACACAGGCAAAAUUUUGCAGAAGGAGAUUAUUGUGUAUUCACAGAAUGAACAUGAAAAGGCGACUACUGCAAGACAUGAUUUUGGUUCUGGAGAUAAACUUAUUAAACCAAUUGUGCAUGGGUUGGUGGAUGAGCGUUGUUCUCCAUGGAGGCAGAGGAAGCAAACUCCUAGGCCAAUUGUGCACGGUCUGAUGGCUGAGACAAACAGGGACUGGAGGCAGAGGAAGAAAACUAGUUUUGAUGGCCUGAUGCGUAGAAACCAAGUUCAAAAGCCUAGCAUGUAUCGACAGAAGAUGUCCUUAGUUGUUGCAAGAAAAAGUGUUCCUAAAGCAAAAUUUCCACAGAGACUGUUUGGCAGGAGUAAAUCAGCUUUUGUUGGUGAAGCUUUGCCAGAAUAUUCAAGUGCACCGGUUGCCAGAAAUGAUGGUAUUCGUAACUUGAAUUGUGAAGCACUACAUGAAGAUUCUCCUAUUGGACAGAAAAAGUGUGAGUUUGAUAUGACUCGACCACCUUUUGGUCCAAAAAGUUCCAGUCGCAGUGAUGCUCGUAGUAAAGUUUUAGAGACUCUUCGUCUGUUUCAGUCUCACUUUAGAAAAAUCUUACAGGGGGAAGAAUCAAAGUCAAGGCCUGGAGGAGUAAAAAAUAAGCCAGAAGAUAAAAUUAUCAGAAGGAUUGAUCUUCAAGCAGCAAAAAUUGUCAAAGACAAGGGGAAGGAAGUUAAUACAGGAACGCAGAUACUGGGAAAAGUUCCAGGAGUUGAAGUAGGAGAUGCAUUCCAAUACAGGGUUGAGCUUGCUCUUGUGGGAGUUCAUCGCUUAUAUCAGGCUGGUAUUGAUUCCAUGAACAAUGGAGGACUUCUGGUUGCAACUAGUAUUGUUGCCUCAGGAGCCUAUGACGAUGAUUUGGGAGAUGCUGAUGAGCUGAUUUAUAGUGGGCAAGGUGGAAAUGUGGUUGGCAAGGUCAAAAUUCCUGAAGACCAGAAACUUGUGAAAGGUAAUUUAGCCUUGAAGAAUAGCAUAGCUACAAGGAAUCCUGUACGGGUGAUUCGUGGAUCUAAGGAGACCAGGACUCCCGAAUCCGGUGGAAGACCUAAUGUGGUGACAACUUAUGUGUAUGAUGGCUUAUACACUGUUGAAAAUUAUUGGACAGAAAAAGGGCCACAUGGUAAGAUGGUUUUUAUGUUCAAGUUGGUGAGAAUUCCUGGACAACCAGAGCUUACUUGGAAAGAAGUACAGUCAUCAAAAAAUUCCAAAGUGCGGCAUGGUGUUUGCGUUCCUGAUAUUACAGAAGGGAAGGAGUCACAACCUAUAACAGCUGUGAACACAAUUGAUGGUGAGAAACCCCCACCAUUCAAGUACAUCAAGAACAUGAUGUAUCCAGUUGGUUUCCGCCCUGCUCCACCUGAAGGCUGUGAUUGUAUUGGUAGAUGUUCUGAUGCCAAAAGGUGCUCAUGUGCAGUUAAAAAUGGAGGUGAGAUCCCUUACAACCGUAACGGAGUUAUUGUUGAAGUGAAGCCUCUUGUAUAUGAGUGUGGUCCUCAUUGUAAGUGCCCUCCAUCGUGCUAUAAUAGAGUGAGCCAACAUGGUAUUAAAAUUCCACUGGAGAUAUUCAAGACAGAUAGAAGGGGCUGGGGUGUGAGAGCUCUAACUUCUAUCUCUUCAGGAACCUUUAUCUGUGAGUAUACAGGACAACUUCUUGAGGACACAGAAGCGGAACGAAGAAUUGGCAAGGAUGAAUAUCUUUUUGAUAUUGGCCAGAACUAUGAUGGUUAUACUGCCAACUCUUCUGGACAAGCAAACCUAAAUGAAUUAGCAGAAGAGGGUGGUUAUACCAUUGAUGCAGCUAGCUAUGGAAAUGUAGGACGAUUCAUCAACCACAGUUGUUCCCCCAAUUUGUAUGCACAGAAUGUUGUCUAUUAUCAUAAGGAGACGAGAAUUCCCCAUAUCAUGCUUUUUGCGGCAGAUAAUAUUCCUCCUUUGAAGGAGCUUUCUUACCAUUACAACUAUACAGUUGAUCAGGUUUAUGAUUCUGGUGGCAAGAUCAAGUUGAAGAGGUGCUUUUGUGGAUCUUCAGAUUGUUCUGGUAGGAUGUACUAGGAUUUAUAAAAUUUAGCUGUUGAAGUUGAAUACAAGAGUUACUCACAUCUCAUUGUCUUUUUUUUGUCCGCCUCUGAAAUAGUAAUGCUUCUUCUUCUUGUUUAGUCUGAUAUACUAUAUAGUAUCGGGUGUGUGUUCAUGGAAGAAUAAGCUUGUACGGGCUGACUCAUAUGAUUCUAUAAUCAGAACUGACAAUUUUUUGCACCA